UAAUUAACCCUAUAUUUCAAUACUUGUACGUUCGGUUUACAGUAUUAACUUUUCUUUUAACAAAGAUUUUUACCACCUAAUACUUUUUUUUUUUUUUACUUUUGAUUAAUAUCACUUAUUCUAAUUUGCACUCCAUUGUUUUUUAAUAAGAAUAUUUUCAACAUAUCUGUUUUCUAUCUCCAGUCCAUCCUUUUACAUUCAUUUUACCAUAAAAUAAAAUAUAAUAUUGUAAAAUAAACAAUCAAUAAUCUCUAUUUGUUUUUCCUUAACAAUUUGAUUUCCAUAAUUAAGAUACCUCAUCAGCAAAAUUUACUCAGAUCUUAACAAACUUUUGACCUUGUAAUAUUGUAAUUUAACUACUUGUUGACUUACUUUAUUAAAAGUGUUGCAGCAGAAUCUGAAGUUUUUAUCUUUACAAUCAACUUUGCCACUCUUAAAAGCUAAUACCAAAUCCACCAAACACUACUAGUAGUGGAUAUUGCUAAAACUUAAAUUAUAAUUUUUUUAAUUAAUUGAAAAGUGGUUUUCUUUCUUUCUUGUUAAGGGAAGGAAAAAUAAAAAAACUCUCUCUAUAAAUAUAUGUAUGUGUAUUUCCUUUAUAUGUUUGUAUGGUUGGUAAUAAUAGAAAAACCUUUCAAAUUUGCUUUUUUUUUUUCACCGUGGAGAUUGACUGCAUAUAGGAAUCGUUGGAAACAUGCCGCCUAUCGGGGUCCGUUUGAACGUCCAAGAACAUCAUGUGGUGAUAGAUAAUGGCAUAGUCGAAGUCGCAUUAUCAAAUCCAGAGGGAAUCGUCACUGGAAUACGUUACAACGGUGUCGACAAUUUGCUAGAAGUUCUCAACGACGAGACUAAUAGAGGGUACUGGGAUGUUGUGUGGAAUGCGAUAGAUGGAAGUGGGAAAGUAGCAGGGGGAGUCUUUGAAGUGAUCAAAGCAACAAAGUUUGAGGUUAUAACAGAAAGCGAGGAAAAAGUAGAGGUGUCGUUCUCAAGACCGUGGGAUCCCUCUCUCGAGAAUAAGCUCGUUCCCUUAAAUAUAGACAAAAGGUUCGUUGUGGUACGGGGUUGCUCGGGAUUGUAUUCGUAUGCAGUAUAUGAACAUGUUGGUUCACCGGAGUGGCCAGCUUUCAACCUCGGUGAGACAAGGAUUGCAUUCAAACUUCGAAAAGACAGGUUUCAGUAUAUGGCUGUGGCAGAUAAUAGACAAAGAUAUAUGCCCCUACCAGAUGACAGAUUACCUGGAAGAGGCCAGCCUCUUGCAUACCCUGAGGCUGUUCUCCUAGUCAAUCCUGUCGACCCUCGUCUUAGAGGAGAAGUCGAUGACAAGUACCAAUAUUCGUGUGAUAACAAAGAUAUUAAGGUCCACGGGUGGAUUUCUAUGAACCCUCAACCGGCAGUUGGAUUCUGGCAAAUCACACCGAGUGAUGAGUUCCGCUCGGGCGGACCCCUCAAACAAAAUCUGACCUCCCAUGUGGGACCUACAUCACUUUCAGUUUUUCUGAGUGCUCACUACGCCGGAGAUGAUUUGGUUCCAAAAUUUGGGAAAGGAGAGGCAUGGAAGAAAGUUUUUGGCCCUGUUUUUAUCUAUCUUAACUCUGCCAUGGAUGGAGAGGAUCCACUUACCUUAUGGGAUGAUGCCAAACGACAGAUGUUGGUUCAAGUCGAAAGUUGGCCUUAUAGUUUUCUAGCAUCAGAGGAUUUCCAAUCGGCAAACGAAAGGGGUAAUCUCAGCGGCAAACUAUUGGUCUCAGACAGAUAUGUUAGUGGUGAUUAUAUACCAGCAAGCGGCGCAUAUGUAGGAUUGGCGCCCCCCGGGGAUGUUGGAUCCUGGCAAAGAGAAUGCAAGGGUUACCAAUUUUGGACAAGAGCAGAUGAGAUGGGGUAUUUUACCAUCAACAAUGUCCGAAGCGGUAACUACAACCUUAAUGCAUGGGUACCCGGCUUCAUCGGAGACUAUCAAAACGAAGUUGCCAUUACCAUAACCUCAGGUUGUGGAAUUUACAUGGGUGAAAUUGUGUAUGAGCCUCCAAGAGAUGGCCCCACACUUUGGGAGAUCGGCAUCCCCGACCGCUCUGCUGCCGAGUACUAUGUUCCUGAUCCCGACCCUAAAUAUAUUAACAAGCUUUACUUAAAUCACCCGGACAGAUUUAGGCAGUAUGGACUAUGGGAUAGAUACGCAGAGUUAUAUCCUCAUGAAGACUUAGUUUACACAGUUGGCAAGAGUGACUACACCAAAGAUUGGUUCUUUGCUCAGGUUAACAGGAAAAAAGAGGACAACACAUAUCAAGGGACAACUUGGCAAAUCAAAUUCACACUCGAAAAUCUCAAUCGAAAUGGAAUUUAUAAACUGCGUGUGGCGCUUGCAUCUGCAUCUCUAGCAGAAUUGCAGGUCCGUGUUAAUAAUCCAAAGGCGAAUCGACCGUUGUUUUCAAGUGGAUUGAUAGGGAGGGAUAACUCAAUUGCAAGGCAUGGCAUUCAUGGCCUACAUUGGCUUUACAAUAUAGAAAUAAAUGGUGAUUUGCUUGUCGAAGGUGAUAACACCAUAUAUUUAAGUCAACCAAGGAGUCAAAGUCCUUUCCAAGGGCUCAUGUAUGAUUACAUUCGACUUGAAGCACCCGGAGAUUUUAAUUAAUAAGGUGUGCCAAUAAUAAAAUAAGAAAAAUUGCUUGGGGUUAA